CUCCUAUGUCGUACACCCUCCGAGUCCUUAAGUUCCCCAACCACCACACUUCAAUACCCUCUUCUCAGUUCAGAAGCAUCUUGAAAAUGGGCUCAUCACUCGUUUAACCACCGAUCUUAUUUCCCACUCAGCCCAUUCUUGACUUCUGUCCCUCCCAGUUGCUGCAAUAUGCCUUCGAUCUUGUCCCGCUUCUCUCGCUCAAACUCUGUUCGCAGCGAGCAGAACGACCGCGGCGAACGAAAUGACCGUAGCUCACGAUACGCGGCAAAUGAGGGCAAGGUAUCGCUUCCGCCUAACUCAUAUACGCCGCCUCUUGGUCAUGCGCCCAUGAUGGCAAAUAGUCAGACUGGCUCUCAGCACAAUUCCCGGCCUGUCUCCUCGCAGACGUCCUCUUCGUUUGAUUUUGCCAAUCGCCCACCUGUGAAAGAGCAAAUGACCGCGUUGCCAGCACAUAAUGUUGCCAACACCAACCAUGCCCACCAUACGAGGCAUCCCAUCAGCGAACCUAGUGGUUCCGAAAUCUCUGAACUCAGCCGGCUUUCUCGCACUGAUCAGAUCGUCUUUCGCCACUUCUGGGAAGCCAAGUAUGAGGAGAACAAGCUCAGAGAUUUGCACUUUCUCAAAUUCCCCCUCUUCAGUAUGCAACCAACCCAUCAAGAUCUCCAACCAUAUUGCGAGAUCUAUCAUCUAGUCAAGACUGCUCCUGGUGCCAAAAUCCUCAGUCUAGGCACUGCCAGUGGCGUUUACAUUGGAUUCGAACUCUUUUCUGGUUCCCGGUUGCACAUCGAGAUGGACGAUGCAUGGCACAACAUCACCCACCACCGGAUCCACUUCAAGACGUACCAAGACAUCAUCAAGGACCAUGCCGCCUUUGCUGUCAUCGCUCGGUGGCCAAAGCCACUCACGAUUGAGUUUCUCGAGGACAAGUACCAGCAUUGGGUCAUGGACUGGACCAGUUUUUGUUGGGAUACUACAGAAGUCAGCGAGCUUGGCGCCACUCAGGAUGACUAUGACAACGGGGCCCAUAUGCAAGACUCGCUUCCUUUUGAUCAUUUGGAAAAGUGAACCUAUUGGCACCGACCCUCAAUUUUUCUUUCACCAACUUUUCUCAUUUCGGCUGUGGCGUUUGGGGAGAAUGAGAAUCAGACCUUCAGGCGGAGAUUUCAUUGGGGCAUGAUUGGAAACAAAAAGGACCGAUACACUGAGGAAUAGAUACAACUACACUACUAGCUAAUGUGACAAUGAGCCGAAUUACGAGCACGAUAAUGGC